AUGGCCAGCAUCACGCAGCUGUUCGACGACCUGUGCGAGGCCUUCCUGCCGGCCGCCGAGGCGCGCCUGGGCCAGCGCGACGGCAGCCGCCGGCGGGCGAAGCGCAGCCUCCGGAGGGCGGCGUACGGCGCGCUCUUCCCGCGGCGCCCCCGGGACGCGACGGCCGCGGCCCGGCCCGCGCCCCCGCGGCGCGCGCUGCGCAGCGAGGUGCUCAUGCUGUCCUUCGACCUGCGCGUGGGCGGCCGCGGCCCCGAGGCCGACCGGCUGGAGGCGCUGGUGGAGCUGCUGGCCGCGGCGCCGGGCCGCGCGCCCGCCGAGCUGGAGCCGGUGCUGGACCUGCUGGUGCGGCUGGCGGGGAGCGGCCCGCCCCCGGCGCGCCCGCCCGGCCGCGGCUACGCCUUCCACAGCAGGCUCGUCGGCAGGCGCGUCCCCUACGGCGGCUACGACUGCGCCGGCCUGAGCGGGUGCGAGAGGGACGUGCGGUCCCUGCUGUCCAGAGAGGAGGGUCUGUGCCGGGACGCGAUCCAGAAGACGCUGCAGGUGAUGGAGGCGGCCCCGGGCACCGGCCUGCCGGCCGUCGGGCGCUUCUUGGCGGGCGACCCCUGCGGCGACAGGUUCGAGAGAGACACCCGGCUCUCCCUCUUCGGCGCCCUCGUGCACAGCCGCGCGUGGGACAUGGACGUGCGGCUGGACCUGCCCCCGGUGCCCGCAGGCGCGGCCCUCUCCGGACUGGCCAUCAAGGUUCCUCGGAGCGUGGAUCAGUCGGAAGAUGAAGGGUUCCAGUCAGCAUCCAACCUGACGCCUGACUCCCAGUCCGAGCUGGGCCUGACCCCCGACGUGGACCUGUGGGACGCCGUGCUCACCUACAGGGCCAGCAAGCGGAGGUGCUGGGAGCAGGUUGGCUGCCCCCCGGGCCACAGAGAGGAGCCCUACCUCACCGAGGCGGGAAGGGAUGCCUUCGACAGGUUCUGCAGGCUCCGCCAAGGGGAGCUGCAGGUGCUCGGUGGAGGCCUCCUGCAGACCCCGCAGCCGGCGCUGCUGAAGGAGUGCGAGCUGGUGAAAGACGCGCUCAACGUCCUGAUCGGGGUGGUGUCCACCACCUUCUCCCUCUGCCAGCUGACCCAGGUCUUCGUGGUGAAGCAGGGCGUGCACGUCUCGGGCGCAUCCCCUGAGAGCACCAGCAGCCUCCUCUCGGAGCUGGCCGAGCACGGGACCUACUACGCCCGCCUGAGCCACUUCUCUGUGCAGCCGGCGCUGGACACCGCGUGUAGCAGGGGCCUCGUGUUCCAGGCCUUCACCAGUGGCCUGCGGCGCUACCUGCAGUACUACCGGGCCUGCGUGCUCGCCACGCAGCCCACGCUCAGCCUGCUCGCGCUCAGCUUUCUCUUCAAGAGGCUGGGCCGGCAGCUCAGGUACCUGGCCGAGCUCUGUGGGGUGGGUGCCGUGCCUCCGGGAGCCGGCGGAGAAGAGCCUCGGGCUGCGUUCCCCAGCGGGGUGAAGCUGCUGUCCUACCUCUACCAGGAGGCUCUGGACAACUGCAGCAACGAGCACUACCCGGUGCUGCUGUCCCUGCUGAAGACCAGCUGCGAGCCCUACACGCGCUUCAUCCACGACUGGGUGUACAGCGGGGUGUUCAGGGACCUCUACGGCGAGUUCAUGAUCCAGGUGAACCACGAGUACCUGGGCUUCAGAGACAAAUCCUACUGGACGCGCGGCUACGUGCUCCUGGCCGAGGCGGCGGCGGACGGCGUGCCCGCCUUCCUCAGGCACGUGGCCCAGGACGUGUACGUGUGCGGCAAGACGGUCAACCUGCUGAGGCUCUGCUGCCCGCGGCAUUACCUGUGCUGGUCCGACGUGCCCGUGCCCCCCAUCUCCGUGACCUUCUCCCUGGAGGAGCUGAGGCGGGUGGAGCAGGAGUGCGCCAUCUACGUGGGCCGCGUGGAGAGGGCGGCUCGCCUCAGCUGUGUCAGCAAAGAGGAGAAGGAGUUGCGGAUGGAAAUGGCAAAGCAAGAGCUGAUCAUCCACGCCCGGGCAGCUGCGUCCAGGGCCCUGCAAGCGCUGAGCGAUCAGCAGGCGUCCGAGCGCUCGGCCUUGGAUGCGCGGAAGCGAGAGCAGUUUCGGGAGCUGCAGGAGCAGUUUGUGAAGGACCAGGAGCGACGCCGGGCGGCCAGACAGGAGCCGGAGAACAACCUCGGCCGUGCCGGCGAGCUGUGGGGCGGUCAGGAGAGGCCGUGGGCCCUGGAGGAGUGGCGGGAGCGGACGGCCAGGCAGGCGCUGGCCAGCCACUGCGGCGAGCUGUCGGCAGAGGCAGCACGGCGGGAGCAGGUGGCGCUGUGGAGAGUCCAGCGGCUCAGGCUGGCCGGCGCGCGGCGGCGUUUCCUCCUGGACGAUGAGGAGCAUGUCCAGGGGCUGCUGAGGGCCAGGCCUGAGGGGAGGCCCCUGGAGCAGCCUGCCCUCUCCCCAAGUGCAGACUCCCAGGUAGGCUCGGAGCAGCCCGCCCUCCCAAGUGCAGACUCCCAGGGCCUCCCUGUGGGUGCUGGGUCCCCGGCCGCUGGCCACAGCCCAGACACGGCUUGGGAUUGCUCGGAUCUGCCCCCAGCGCCCGCGCCUGUGACAGCAGGGACCUGCGCCCAGGGCCUGGGGACAGGCCUGAAGCUGGACCAGCCCGAGGGGCAGGCACCUUUCCCAGAGACCCUCAGCAUCCAAGACUUUCUGCCUGCAGGAGGGGGCGCUGAGCCCCCCCUGCAUGCUGAUGGGACCCCCAUGCUAGAAGCGGCGCUGCAGACCAUCGGCUCGGACCUGCCACCUGCCACCCCGCCCGCCCUGCAGCCCUCUGAACCCCAGGAGUACGACUUCGGAACCGUCUUGAGGCCGGCCGAGGCUGCUACCACCCCUUCCCUGGGGCCCCUGCAGACCGCGGGGGGCAGCGAGGGAGGGCAGCCUGGGGGGCCCUCUCUGGUAGAACUGGACACAGGUGUCCCCAGUGGGCACCGCUGCCCCCUCAGGAAUGACCCCUGCCUGGAGGGGAAGAGCCAGACUGCCAGGCUGCUGCCCGGGCCUGUGUCGGACAGCAGCGCCUCCUCCCGGCCCCGGUGGCAGGUCCGUGGGCACGUGUCUGAGGCCAGCGUCAGGGUAGGGGAGAACGUGUGGGAUGUGGCCUCCUCCCGGCCCCGGUGGAAUGUCCACGGGCACGUGUCUCAGUCCCACGUGGUCCUGGGGGCACUUUCCGGGGAAGCUCAACCCCACGGGCCCCUGCACAAACCCUUCACGCGCCGGAGCCCCCGAGACCGUGUGUGCCCGGAAGCCCAGAGCCCAGCCCAGGAGGCUGACCCAGAGCCUGCUGUCGGUUUGGCUUCUGGUGGCACCGGCUCCCAGGAGGCCGGGCCAGGCCCCGGGGAAGAAUGCAUCCCGCAGGGCCUGUCCCAGGCUGCGGCCACGCCUGGCGUGCUGGGAGGCACCCCUGGGGAGCCAGGCCCAGGGACAAGGGACACAGAGGCGCCCUCCCCAAGUCAGGCUCCUGGCACACAGCAAGUCACGGUUGCCCAGAGGAGCCCAGGCCUGGAGCAGCAGCAGCAGGAGGAGCAGCAGCAGGAGGCGGCCUGGCGCAGGGAGCAGGCCUACCUGGCAGGCCUGGCCGGGCAGUACUGCCUGGAGCAGUACCCGGACAGCUUCGCGUCCAUGUCGGAGCCACCCCUCGCCCGCCUCCUGCACCAUGGCCUUCCCCGCGCCUUUGCCCUCCCCGAGGACCCCGGGCACCAGGGGGACCCAGAGGAGACGGCGGCGCAGCUGAGCGAGCUCCUGCCACUGCCCGUGCUCAUGAAGCACUCGCUCAUGACCCCACUGGCUGCCCAUGUCUCCCUGGUCAACAAGGCGGCCGUGGACCACUUCUUCGUGGACCUGCGCCUGGAGGCGCACCUGGAGGCCCUGCGGCACUUCCUGCUGAUGGAGGACGGCGAGUUCGCCCAGUCCCUCAGCGACCUGCUCUUCGAGAAGCUGGGGGCGGGGCAGACGCCGGGGGAGCUGCUCACCCCACUGGCACUCAACGGGCUGCUGAGCAAGGCGCUGCAGUACAGCUUGCAUGGGCAUGGCCCGCUGGCCGCCAGGCUCUCCUUCGCCCUCAAGUUCCUGCCUGAGGCCUUCACACCCAACGCGCCGGACGUGCUGAGCUGCCUGGAGCUCAGAUACAAGGUCGACUGGCCUCUCAACAUCGUCAUCACCGAGGGCUGCCUGAGCAGGUACAGCGGCAUCUGCUCCUUCCUGCUGCAGCUGAAGCUCAUGAUGUGGACGCUCAAGGACAUCUGCUUCCACCUCAAGCGCACAGCGCUGGUGAGCCAGGUGGCCGGCUCGGUGCAGUUCCGCCAGCUGCAGCUGUUCAAGCACGAGAUGCAGCACUUCGUCAAAGUCAUCCAGGGCUACAUCGCCAACCAGAUCCUGCACGUCACCUGGUGCGAGUUCCGGGCCCGGCUGGCCCGGGCGGGCGACCUGGAGGAGGUGCAGCGCGCCCACGCCGAGUACCUGCACCGGGCCGUGUUCAGGGGCCUGCUGACGGAGAAGGCGGCGCCCGUCAUGAACGUCAUCCACAGCAUCUUCAGCCUCGUGCUCAAGUUCCGCAGCCAGCUCAUCUCCCAGCCCUGGGGCCCCGCCCGCGGCCCCCGUGGCGCCGAGCACCCCAACUUCGCCCUCAUGCAGCAGUCCUACAGCACCUUCAAGUACUACUCCCACUUCCUCUUCAAAGUGGUGACCAAGCUGGUGAACCGAGGCUACCAGCCCCACCUGGAGGACUUCCUGCUGCGCAUCAACUUCAACAACUACUACCAGGAGGCCUGACCACGGCGGGCGGGCGGGGCCAAUAAAGGGCCUGCUGGCCGGUGCCUCUCCUCCUGGGCCUUGCGUGGCAAGUGACCACACGGCGGGCUGGGGGA